AGUAAUUAUCAAAAUUUAUUUCGUUUGUCUAUUCGAUAAUCAUAAUAAUAAUCAUUUAUUCGUCAUUUAAAUGAUUUUACUUAAUCUUGGAAUACUGAAACUUAAAGCUUUUAAAAUGUAUUAAUAUUACUAUAAAACUAGUUUUUGAUAUGUUAACUCUUAAACCAUGUACUUGUACGCUUUAAAAAUGUAUUUAUAGAAUUAUGUAUGUAAAAUUUAAGUAAUUAGGUAAAUAUUAAUUGAAUAUGGAAUUUACAAGGCCAGUAAUAAAUUCCUAUGAAUCUUCAGACAUGAUUAUGUACGGAAACUAUGUUGAAGAAGAUUAUCCAGAAGUAAUAGAUACUAAUCUGUAUUCGGACGAAAUUAAUGGACAAAUGAUUAGAUCUGAAUAUGAAGAAACACAAACAAUAUUAACGGAUAACUGCAGUCAAUUUGGUAUUACAGCGACAUGUUUUGAUACUCAUGAAAAUUUACUUUGGGUGGGAAAUCAACUUGGUUAUGUAUCAUCAUAUUAUAGUGCAGAUAUGCAGAAGUACACAAUGUUUAGAGUUCAUUCUGAUGAAGAGAUUCGUUCUCUUCUAACUACUGAUUCUACUUUGUUGGUUCUUACACCAACAACUCUUCGAUGUCAAAUGCGGAGAGGUUUACCAAUUUUUACUCACAGUUCAGAAAAUUUAAACGAAAUGCAAUGUAUAACUCAACUUGGGCGUUCUCAAGAUACUAUAUUAAUGGGUGGUCACCAGGACAAAUUAAUUGAAUUCAAUUUGAAUUUAUGUAAAGAAACAACCAUAAUAAAUGCUGGAGAAAAUGGUUGUGCUAUAUUACGUCAAAAUGCUAAUAGAACGGUUUGUUGUGGAGAUCCUACCGGAGUGAUUAAACUUAGAGAUCCUAGAAAUAUAUCAAAAAUUAUUUAUACAGUUGAUGCACAUACUGGUAGUUUAUCAGAUUUUGAUGUUCAUGAUAAUUUAUUAGUUAGUUGUGGAUUUUCAAACACGCAUGGAUCUAUGAUACUCGAUCAGUUUUUAGUUGUUCAUGAUUUAAGAAUGAUGAGAUCAGUUUCAUCCAUUCAAAUGAUAAUUGAACCAUUUUUAUUGAGAUUCAUGACUUCAUAUUCAUCACGUAUAGCAGUUGUAUCUACUAGUGGACAAUGCCAACUUGUGGAUACUGUUGCUUUGUCUGAACAAGAUAUGAAUCUUUAUCAGAUGAGUGGUGUUGAGGAAGGAGCCAUUGCUCUUUCUAUGGAUGUCUCUCCUUCAAGCCAAGCUAUUAUAAUUGGUGAUAAUGUAAGCACAUUACAUUUAUUUACUACAGCCUCUUCUCGAUUUAAUACUUUGGCAAGGGAUACAAUAUUUGCCCAACCAAUGGAACCACUUCCUUGUGGUCCAAUCAGUGUAACAGAUGAACUAGCUGAUUAUUCUAAUAUUCCUUUACUUCCUUGCGAUGGACCUUUAGCAUCUGAGUUACCAGAAAAAUUUCUCAGAAACAUUUACAGAAAAACGCCAGCAAUAGAUAAAUCUAUAUUAUCUACAAUGAAAAUGAAAGGAACUGUUGGUUAUGCUCCAAAUCCAAAUAACCGGAAGCGAAAUCAAGUAGCAUACUUUAAUACAGUAUCUGAAUCAAAACUUAGUAAUAGUAUUAAUAUUAACAAUAAUAGCAAUAAUCAUUCAAAUGACGAGGAAUGUGAAUCCCCAACAUUUAUAGCAAUACCAAGAAGAUACAGAAAAAUUGAUUUAAAGUUCAAAAGUGAAGAUUUUGAUUACGAACAAUAUAAUAAAACUGGCUUUAGUGGUUUGGAAUCUAGUGUUCCAAAUUCAUACUGCAAUCCUAUGCUCCAAGUCUUAUAUUUCUUAGAGCCAUUGCGUAAAAUUUUAAUGUCUCAUUUAUGCCAAGAAGAAUUUUGUUUAAGUUGUGAAUUGUCAUUUUUAUUUCAUAUGAUGAAUAAAUCAAAAGGAAUACCUUGUCACUCUGGAAAUUUUUUGAGAGCACUUCGUAAUGCUCAUGAUGCUACAGCUCUAGGACUUAUAUUACCAGAGCAUAAUAAUGCUGAACUAAAAAAUAAAAUAAAUAUCAGCAUAUUAAUUCAGAACUGGAAUCGAUUUAUUUUGCAUCAAAUUCAUUUAGAGUUUCUAAGAUCAAAAAAAGGUCUUACUGAUGAACAAGGAAAAUUUGUUUUCAAAGAUAUUGAUUUUCCUAGUAUUGGAGGACAACAAAUUCGAAAAAAAAUAAAAAAUAAAGAAGAAGAUAACAAUGAAACUGAAAUCAGUAGAUUAUUUGGCUGUAAACAACUUCAUGUAAAUAAAUGUUUAAAGUGUAAUCAUGAGUUUAGUAAGCAGUCCAAUUUGAUGGUAUGCAAUUUAGUGUAUCCAGAAUCCCUUGAUGAAACACCUAUGUCAUUUUGUGAUUUACUUCAGCAAAGUAUAUGUCCAAAACAAACUACCAUGACUUGGUGUGAACGUUGUGAAAGUUUUCAACAAACUCUUCAGACUAGAACAUUAAAAUCUUUACCAGCUAUUUUAACUGUUAAUUGCGCUAUUGAAAGUAAACAAAAUAAAGAUUUUUGGCAACAACAAAUGGACAUUUUGGUAAAACAGGCUGUUACAAAAUCUGGUGAUCAAAAAACAGCACCAAGUACUCCAACAUCAUUCAAUAAACCUUGUCGGUAUGGUACCAAUUGCACCAGACAUAGUUGUCGGUUUAUGCACCCUGGACAAACACCAACAGUUCCAGAAACAAAUAGUGCCAUAAGCUUAUCCCAAUUAUAUUAUUCUCAUUCAUGGCUACCAUUACGUAUUAAAGCAGACCUUCAACCUGAUGGAGAAUUAACAUUAAUUAAAUAUGAUGAUGAAGAAAUAGAUUCUAAAUCAUCUUCUAGUAUUUAUGAUUUACAUGCUGUUGUAUGUUAUAUACAUGAAGAUCGUAAAAAUCUUGUGUCUAUUGUGAAUGUUGGACAAAAAGAUCAUGAACAUAUAUCAGCUAGUAACCCAUCACCUCAGUGGUAUAUAUUCAAUGAUGUAAGUGUUUCUCCAGUCAUUGGACAAGAAGCCGUUUGGUUCAGUUUGGAUUGGAAAGUUCCUUGUGUAUUAUAUUGGGUGUCUAGAAAUAAUACAGUUACCUCUGAUAUUGAAAAUGAAAUUAGCAAUCCAGUUAUUACUGCAAAAGUCUUCACAGAAAGUGUUUGUUUAAAUUCUUCAUCUAAUAGUAAUGAUGUCAUCUUACCUGAUCAAAUUCCUAAAUCGGGUGAAUUAGUAGCUAUUGAUGCAGAGUUUGUUACUCUUAAUCAAGAAGAGUCAGAGUUAAGAAGUGAUGGUCGAUUGGCUACUAUAAAACCUGUGCAAAUGGCCGUUGCAAGAAUAUCGUGUAUUCGAGGUGAAGGUCAACAUGAAGGCAAGCCUUUUAUAGAUGAUUAUAUUUCAACUCAAGAGCAAGUUGUAGAUUAUUUAACAAAAUUUUCUGGUAUUAACCCUGGUGAUUUAGACAUCAGUAAAAGUUCUAAAAAUCUUACCACCCUUAAGUCCACAUAUAUGAAAUUGCGAUAUCUGGUUGACAAUGGAAUUAAGUUUAUUGGACAUGGUUUAUAUAAUGAUUUUAGAAUGAUCAACUUAAUGGUGUCCCCUGAACAAGUAAUUGACACGGUAGCUUUAUUUCGACUUCCUCAUCAACGAAAUGUGUCGUUGCGAUUUUUAGCAUGGCAUUUUUUAGGCAAUAAAAUUCAAUCCCUUACUCAUGACUCUGUAGAAGAUGCUCGGGCUGCUUUACAGUUGUAUCAAUGUUACAAAAAACUUGAAGCUGAUGGAACAUUACAAGCAAAACUAGAAGAACUUUACAAAUGUGGAAAAGAGAUGCACUGGACGGUGCCUGGUGAAUAGAAUAAUUGUGUGAUACUUAAAUGAUUAUAUAUAUAUAUAUUUUUAAUUAAUUUUGUACAAGAAUAAAUAAAUAUAUAUAUCUAUAUUUAA